AUGGCCAACGAGUGUGCUGUAUGCCAUAAGCAGGGCGAAAGAGUCCUCCGUUGUAGUCGGUGUCGUUCUCGAGAGUAUUGUGGUGCAGAUUGUCAAACCAAGGACUGGCCGAAUCACAAGGCAGCGUGCAGACGCCAAAACUACAUUUUGAAGGUCGAUCUCUUCCCUCGUCAUUUCACAAACCCUCGCAUCAGCCGAACUCUCUCGUGUCCUACCACAGCGUCUUUUGCUGACCUACAUAAUGCCCUACAAGUCGCAUUUGAUUGGAAAAACUGCCAUCUUUACGAUUUUGAAGUUCUCGAUCAUAACGAAACCAUGGGCUCCGAACAUAGGCUUGUUAUGAAGCCGAUGCUGUGCAAGAUUACUGAUCUUGACACGUUGGAUUCUGACAGCGACCCAGCCAAGGACAGCAAACGCACUAAGCUUUAUCAGAUUCUGGAUGGAGAACGCACCACUGGUAAGACCAUCCAUUAUAUGUAUGAUUUUGGAGACGGAUGGGAACAUGUUAUUACCUGUAGCGGGCGAGCGGAUCCAACCACCAACUUCGUCGUAUUAGGUGGUGAAGGACAUGGAUGUGCGGAAGAUGUGGGAGGGUAUAGUGGAUGGGUUGACCUACUCGCAGCUUAUGAGUCUGAUGAGCCGACGGAGCACCAGAGACACUUAAUGUCUUGGUUCGAAAACGAGGCUCAUAACAAGGAUCCGAGAGGUCUGCGGGGAGCAGCAAGGUACGCGUGGGACAAAGACAGGAUCAAUGCAAUCUUGAACGAACUUGAUACUUCCAAGCUUCCUGGCCACCCUACUUCAAUCCUUCUGGUAUCCUUGGCUAAGGAGUCAUGGUUUGACCAAAUGUACGCUUCUGUGCUUACCGAACUUCGCUCUAAAACCAUGAUUAAAGAGGUGACAGAUGGUGCAUCGGCAAUGAAAUGUAUUGAAGAAACACAAAAAUUUGGCACCAUCAUCGUUACGGAUGCGGCAAUAAUGGAACCCGAGUUUGUUGCUAUUAGUCGAAAGUUGGUUGAAUAUGCAAAGGCCAGAGGAAUUUUGAUAUUCGGAUUUUUAUUAUCAAGCUUGACCGAGCCACCAAAAUUUGAGGAGUUGAUGAAAAGCUAUGGCUUAGGUUGGAAGUUUGGUGAUUAUACUCGGGAGACCUACGACAUCAAUAAAAUGGCCGAUCUCAACAAAAAGUACAAUUUAAUGCCUUACAGCAUGAAAGCUGUCAGUUUGAAGAACACUAGGCCUGAAGACAGAGUCUAUUCUGGCCCUGGCCGCGAUAAAAAUCAGAGUCCCGCAGUUUUCGCAAAGUAUGGAAGUAGCGGGGGUCGGAUUGGUUGGAUUGGCGAUGUCAAUGGAGAGGAAGAAACGACAACACUGCUUUUAGCAAUGUGUGGACUUUGA